AUGCUCCUACGAGUAUGGAGCAUCGCGAACUUCGGAGGACGGUGUUGCACGACGGAACGACACAACUUCUACCGUGAUCCGGGUAUCUUCGACGUGUUGGCAGGCCAGGAACCAAGGCAUCCUGGACCACAACUCAAGGCUUCACCUUCGACGUAUUCGAAUGCAGUGGACAUCUCGGAGCCUUCUCGUGUCAUGACGCCUCCGUGCCUCCGUCCUACCCGCCCCCUUGGCAAGCGCUCCGAGGCGGCUUAUUACCAUGCUGCCCCGUCGAGUGACAUGGCUGCUCGCUGCUCGCACCGUCCCUCGCCCUCCUCUCGACCUGUACGGUCCACUCGACGCAGCAUGACGGAGGAUAGGAACGAUACCAUCGGGGCCUUGCUCGUCGCGACGCUCAUCACCGCUGUAGGCUAUGGCGUGACGUCUAUGCAAACGUACCAGUGGUACCGGGCGUUCCCGCAGGACCCGCCAAUCAUACGAUGGGUUGUGAUGUCUGUGUGCGUGCUUGAUACACUCCACAUCAUACUCAUCAUGCAUAUGAUCUACUACUACCUCGUCACGAACUACGACAACCCGAGUGCGUUGGCCGAAUCGGUCUGGAGUUGGGACGUCAGCGUCCUGGUGACGGCCCUCAUCACAUGCGUCGUGCACGGGUUCUACGCUCGCCGUGUGUAUAUCCUGGGUCAUCGACGUUGGCCUCUUGUCAUCGUUAUUGGUGUGCUGUCUACGGUCAGAUUAGUAUUCGGAUGCAUCGUCACAAUCCGCAUGCUCAUCAUCCGUACCUUCGCGGGCCUGCCCCAUCAGAUCGCCGCCCUAGUAGGUACAGGCAUGGGCGCGGGCACGCUCGCGGACUGGAUCAUCACCCUUUCUCUCGUCAUCUUGUUGAGGCGAAAGAAGACAAAGUUUAGCCAAACGGACAGCCUGAUCGACAAAUUGACGUAUUGGACGAUCAACAACGGGUUGCUCACAAGUGUGGUGGGUCUCGCUGUGAUAUUCACCUUCGUGACGAUGCCAUACAACAUGAUCUAUAUGGCGUUGCAUCCGCUUUUGAGCAAACUUUACGCCAAUUCACUCCUAGCAACCCUGAACUUCAGGAGCAUCCACCGCGACGAGGCCAGUCGGGACGUCGACGCCGGCAAUGACGCGCUGAAGCUCCAGGUAGGGAUGGGACACGUCCGUUCUCGGUCAGCCACCGUGUGCUCGUGUAGACCAGGCUCCGACCCGGAGUCAUCUCCGACAGACACGAAGGUGGAAUCAGGAAAGGGAGAUACCGAAGAGAUGAAGACUGGGAGCAAGGAGACGAGGACGACGGUUACACCCGUGCAUGCAGACUCGUACGAGGGUAAAGUGACUGCAGGACCGUAA